AGCACCUCGUCGUUGUCGUCGUUCUGUGGGAGAUUGUGUUUGGGUGUAAACACCACAAAAUCAGCAGGCAGUGCUGCUGCAUACUUGUAGCAUCCGUCAAGAAAGUGCCAUCGAGCUCGUCGCUAUCAUAUUUAGCUCGAUAUGUCGAGCACGUUGGAGAAUCAAAUACUGAACCUCCAGGAGAGGCUCAGGGCGGAGAAAGACAAGCAACAACAGCCCCAGCCCAAAAACCUGACGAGCCCGGCGGAGAUGCAGCAGCAGCUCCAAAAUCAACAACAACAGCAACUCAUGCCCAGCCCUUGCCUCAGCCCUGCACUCAGGCCCAAGCAACUCGGUGAUAUUGGUACUCCCACGAGACCCAGGAAGAAUCUGAAUCUGCCUGUUUCGCACAUGAUACCGUACAAGAGACACGAUGUCGAAGUAGACUCGAAAUUGCAGGAAAUCAUGAAAAUGAACGGUAUACUCACGAUAAAUGGUGUAAAGUAUCAAACGGAUAUGAAAGACUUGGAGCACUUGGGAGAAUUGGGCAAUGGCACUUGUGGACAUGUUGUUAAAAUGAAACACAAGCCCAGCGGUGUAGUCAUAGCUGUGAAACAGAUGAGGAGAUCGGGGAAUGCAGACGAAAACAAAAGGAUAAUCAUGGACAUCGAUGUGGUCUUGAAAUCUCAUGAUUGUCCAUACAUAGUGCAAUGCCUUGGCUGUUUUAUCACAGAAUCCGACGUGUGGAUUUGCAUGGAGUUGAUGGUGACAUGUUUAGACAAACUUUUAAAAAGAAGCAAACAAGCAAUACCAGAAGAAUUUUUAGGAAAAGUAGCAGUAGCAACGGUAAAAGCUUUGUCGUACCUGAAAGAAAAACAUGGAGUUAUUCACAGAGAUGUGAAGCCCAGCAAUAUAUUGUUAGAUGACACAGGAGGUGUGAAACUGUGCGACUUUGGUAUUUCUGGCCGUUUGGUGGAUAGCAAAGCUAAAACAAGAAGUGCCGGCUGUGCUGCAUACAUGGCUCCGGAAAGGAUAGAUCCACCAGACCCCACGAAACCUGAUUAUGAUAUUAGAGCCGACGUUUGGAGUUUAGGUAUUACGUUAGUAGAAUUAGCCACAGGAGUAUUUCCUUACCGAGAUUGCAAGACUGAUUUUGAGGUGUUGAGUAGGGUGGUACAAGAUGAUCCUCCUUCUCUGCCUUCUGAUGCUUUAUUCUCAAAAGAAUUUCAUAGUUUCGUCAGUUGUUGCCUUACGAAAAAUUACAAGCAACGGCCAAAGUAUAACAAAUUAAUGGAGCACCCGUUUAUCAAAAAGUACGAGACACAGCAAAACUCCAACUCCUCCCUGCCAACGUCAACCUGUCAAUGGUUUUACAAGGUCAUGCGGCAACUUGAGCCAAGUUUCAGGGUGCCGAACUCGGCGCAGCAUCACCAACAUCGGCCCUCGGGUCACGUAUCGCUCAAACAGACCGCCCACCUGAGGAGCCAAAGUAGCGUCAACGGCAGCGAGGCGGCCGCCUACCUGAGAAACAACAACAACGUCAACAGCAACCCCAAAGAACCAAGCGCUAUCGGGCGAACCGCGGCCACGCUGCAGGAAAAUGGCACAACCACCGGCUACAUCCCCUACAGCCCGUACGCUCUUCGCCGUAGGGACAUGAUAGCGAGGCCGUUCUCGCCUAUGCCCGGCCAGGCGUGCUGCACCGCUGCUACGAACCUUCAGCGCUCGUACUCGCCCUACCGUUAUCAGUACCAAGCGGCCGUGGCCGAGAACCAUCACCUGAACGGUGCCGACUCGCGUUCCUACUCACCCUACCGGGGCACCCAGAGUCUGGCCGAGGCAGAGGCCAGACCGUACUCGCCCUACUACGGCCGUGACAGUAGCAGGGAGCGCUGGCAGUCGGGAGCCCCGAGGUCGCUGAGCCCAUUUGCGAGGGACUACUCGCCCUGGAGGCGCGAGAACGUCGACCCGCCUGUCAUACAGAUACCCGGGGCCAGCGACAGGUACGUCUCCUCGAUCGUGCAGCAGCGACUCGCGCAGCUCCCGACCUCAGUGCCUCAGAACAACCACCACCACGGCCAGCUGCAGAACGUCUACGCAAGUCCGAUGGUCAGUCGCAAAAGGUUUCCCUCCGAACCUCCUCCGCAAAGCUCCGGCACGACCAGUCCUCAGUUGCUCAUAUCCCGUUUCGCGCACCAACUCAAGCAAGAACCCUCGACAGUUCCUCAAGUACAGUUAAGUAACAAGGAGUCGGCGAAAAAGCGCUUUGCCUCGUACGUGAGGCUGAGACUGGGUAGCGAUCGCGAACCCUCCCCGGAGCCACCUCCGAGGUUCAAUAGGGGCGAGUCUCCGCUUCUCUUGCGUAGGAAUUUGGGCGAUCAGGCUUCUCCUUUUUUCCAAAGGAGAUACGUGUCACCAUCGCCACCGAUGCCGCCACCCCGACGUCUAUCGGAGAGUAGCUCGGUACCAGGUAGCCCUCAGCACCUGUACUCGCGGCUGCAGCACUUCGGUACACCCGAACUCCAGAGGAGACCGCCGCCCCCAUAACAACACGGUCCCGGCGGCGGCGGUGCCGGCAUUGCAGCCACCCAGUCAUACUGUUCACCCGUGCCAUACUACUACCACGCCAACAGAAGUGUGCGGUCGCACUUUGUCGCGCGGAAGUCAAAUGCUCAGGUUUUCUGCCCAAGUGGAUAAAGUCAUUUCUUUGAAAAAAAAAAAAAUAAUAAUAAUAAUAAAA